AUGACUCCCUUUCAGGCCCUCUAUGGAUACAAACCUUCACAACUCACGUUAUCCCCUACACAGACACUAGUUGCUGCAGUGGAGGAUUGGUCCAGCGAAAGAGUGAACUGGAAUGCGUUACUCAGGGAGAACUUGUUGCAAGCACAGAAUAGAAUGAAGCAACUGACAGAUAAGGGCAGGACAGAUAGGACAUUUGAGGAGGGAGAUUGGGUGUACCUGAAGCUACAACCGUAUAGACAAUCCUCUGUGGCUUUGAGAAGGAACCUAAAAUUAUCUGCCAGGUAUUACGGACCCUAUCAGGUUGAACAGAAGGUGGGAUCCGUGGCCUAUAGACUGAAGUUGCCAGAUGGAUGCUCAGUGCACCCUGUGUUCCAUGUUUCUCUUCUCAAGAAAUCUGUCAAUGGGAGCCAAAUACAUCCUACACCUCCGGAGGCAACUGCGGAAGGAGAGUUCAAGGUAGCUCCUAAGGCCAUUCUGGACAGGAGAGACAUUUACAGGAGGGGUCAAGAGGUUGAGCAAGUGUUGAUUGAAUGGGAGAAUUUGAAUAAGGAUGACUCCACUUGGGAAGAUUGGUCCUUUAUUCGAGUGCAAUUUCCAGAAUUGAAUCCUAGGGACUAG